AUGAGUAAUAACGAACAAACUUCAACUCCUCUCACUUCUUCAUCAUCGACUUCGGAAAAGAGUACCGAAGAGGUUUUGGUAGAAGAUAUUGUUACACCUGAAGCCUCUGCAACAAACAAGAAGAAGCCAAUGACUUAUCAAGAAUUAAUGGAAGGUGAUGACGAUGAUGAUGACUGGAUUCCUGUUGUUCCAAAGGAAUUACCUGAUUGGUGUAAAGGAGACCAUCCAUUGUUGAUGAAUGACAUUGGUUUGGACAAUCCAAUUGCUAUGGCUUUGGCUGAACUUAGAUAUGAUGGUACUCCAGAUGAAAUUGCAACCAAUUUUAAAAAUCAAGGAAAUAACUUGUUGAAGGAUAGUAAAAAUCCAGAAAUGUACUACAAGGAUAUUAUCAGAUAUUAUUCAGAAGGAUUGGAGCAACCAAUUACUGACACAAGAUUGAAAAUUGACUUGUUAAAUAAUAGAUCACACAUCUUUACAUUGAUGGGUAAUUAUGGACAUGCCAUUGUGGAUGCAAAGGAAGUUUUGAAAAUUGAUAAUAAGAAUACUAAAGCCAUGUUCAGAAUUGCUAAAGCUGCCAUGACUUUAAAGAAAUACAAGCCAGUUAUCAAAUAUUGUCAAAGGGCUCUUAAAAUUGAAGGAAAACAUGCCUUGUUUGAGGAUUUCAUGAAGAAGGCCGAGGAUGCACUUUUAAAGGAGCAAGAAAAGAAAGCUGAAGAGCAAGAAAAGAAGAGACAACAAGAACAAACCAUACAACAAUUGAAGAAAUUCCUCUCCAAUAGAAAGGGAAUCAAAAUUGGAGAUUAUACAGAGCUAGAAUCUGAACAAUUGAAUACCUACACUCGUGAUGGACCUUUGGGAGGUAUCCAAAUUGAUGAACACAGUGGUGAAGUAUUCUUCUCUGUUAUCUUUGCCUACGAUGAAUUCAAUCAAACAGAUUUCAUUCAUACUUUUAGUGAACACCAAACUGUGAGAGAACAAUUGGACAUGAUGUUCCCUCCAAAUGGACCUGCAUUCCCUUAUGGAUGUGAAAAGGAUUACGUGAUCUCAAAUUUGAAAGUUUUCUUUUUAGAUCCUACCUCCUUAAAGAAUUCAAAGAAUCGUUUCAUUGAGAUUAAGAAUUUAAACACUCCACUUAUCACGGUUUUGACAAGAUCAGACUACCAACUUCCAUCCUCAUUCAUUCCAGUUUUGCACGUUGUUCGUAAGAAUCACGAAUUAGAAAUCUUUAAAUAA